ACUGCACUUCCCAUCAUGCCUCCGAAGGCCUUUAGUUUCCCCUCCCUUCCUGAUUAAUUUGGUUGUUAUCAACGGUUGGCUUCUAGGUUUUGACUGAAGCAUGUCUUCUGAUCAAAAGAAGGAACUGAAACCUUAGUUGCAAUGGAAAUUUAGCUGUUUUCUCCACCAUGAAAUCAGCCUGUGUUGGGACAAGUAAACACUCAGUGCUUCCUCCCAUCAUCCCAGAGACCGAGAAGGAAUUUCUGGAGAGCAUUCAGAGUUAUAUCAUUUCAGAAAUUGAAAAAGUGGGCUGUACUGAGCAAGGACCAGCAGAGGACUAUUAUAUAAUAUACAAAAAUGUAUUUGAAAUGAUAAUUGAGCAUGUUAAUGCAUACAAGAGCAUUCUGACUACAAUCAAGCAAGAAUAUGAUGCUUUUAUAGAAGCAAUAAAGAAGGGCCAGCAUGAUGCAUUUUAUCUUCAUGGAAAAUUAAAAAUGUUAGCAUGUGAAUCUUCAACUUUUAUGUAUUAUAAGAAGAGAAUAACUCAGCUGGAAGACAAAGUGAAAAGAAUUGAGAAGAAUUCUGCAAGAACUGAGAAUCUGAUAGAGAAAAUAAAAAGUUUAAGGUUAACACUCUCAGUAAAAGAAGAUUUAACCACAACCAAGAAGAUUAAUCCUGCUAAGAAAAUUCCAGGUCUUAACUUGAAAGACUCCCUUGAUAUAGAUGUCCUUUCUAACCACCUAGCCCAUCUACAAAAGAGGUUGAAGGAGCUGAAAGAAGACAUGUUGAUAAAAUACAUUCCCAUAGAAAACACAGCCAAUGUUGAGGAGGACAUGAAAUGUGCUCUUCAUAAGCGAAAUAUGGCUGAAAAAGAGAAUGAGAGUCUGAAGUUUUGUUUUUAUCGGCUAACAAUGUUUGCAAGUGUGAUCACUCUCUGGGAGAAUUCAGACAGGAACUUUGACACUCUGCAGCAGCUUAUCACUCAGAUGAUAGAAAAUGAGAAACUUACAGAAGAUUCAGUUGCUUCUAGUGUCUCAAGUGUAUUUGAACAUGAUCCUGCUAAAAGCAAAGAAGCAGAAGAUCUGAUUGAAUAUAUUGAAAGGUUCAAUGAACUGUUUUCCCGUUGUCAGUAUGAGGCCGCAGCAACAUAUGCAGCAAACUGUCCUAGAGGAAUCCUCCGCAAUGAAGAAACCUUGGAGAAAUUUAAGGCUGUUGGUCAUAUUAAAGGGAAGAUCCUCCCUCUGCUUUUGUACUGUAAUGCACUCAUAACUACAAGCACUGCUUUUAAGAAGUUUCUUCCUGCAAAUUUGACAACUGAAGCCAUCAAAUGUGCCUUAGCUGAGAAACGAUUAGACCUGGUGAUGCAUUGGGUCACUUUGCACACACUGGAAUUCUCUGAGGCUGCUGGUGAUGUAAUCUAUCAGCAUGCAGAGGUGGAUAAGCACAACAAGUCCCAGUGCCUAGCUUUGGCUCAAAUUGCAUACAGUGAGUGUGGGGCACACAAAAAAGCUGUUCUGUGCUUGUGCAAACAGGGCCAAGUCCAUGGAGCCAUGGAUUAUCUACAACAAUUGCAACAAUUUUCCAAGGAGGAUUAUAUCUUUCUACUAAAGCACUAUCCUCGUACAGAUUUCAUCCGUUGCCUUACUCAAGAAUGGAAUGGGAAACCACCAAUCAUGUCCCUUGGGGAAACCAUCCUCUUGCUCAUCAAAACAGAACAUCAAAUCUAUUGCAUGCAGUUGUUGGAGGAGAUUGCCAAAAAGGACAAGGAUAAAUUGGAAGAAAUCAUUGUAAAAGAUACCUGCAAUGUUGAGGAAUGGAAGGAGAUAGCUGAAACAUGCCUCUGUGCCAGAAAAGAACAUUUAUACAAAAUUAUCAUCUCUAUCCUUGUUACCAUGGAAGGAGUGGUUGUAAUUCCUGUUGAUGAUAUAGAGGAUGCCAAAUUAAUGGAACAUGUCUUCUUGUAAUUUGUCCACAAAGCACACGGAGGAGCUCUUUGUCCUAGGAGUUGUUUAUGUUGGCUGAACAAGUAACAACAUAACUUCUUAAUGUUAUUUCUGUUUUUAAAAAUAUAUUUAAUACCAUGUACCUGAUUUGAUUGUGGAACAAUUGUUAGUCAUGCUUGAUUAUUUAUGCUUAUUUUACUUAAAAACUGGUGUUCCCUUUUGAAGUAACUGAGCUGUUUAUCCCAGAUCUCUUGUGAUUUUUCUUCCCUUUUUAAGUAAUUUGUUUUCUCCUAUUUUUUCUUGAAAUAGGUAAGUUGAACCAGUUGUUGAAGACACAGUCUUCCAUUUCCAAAAAACACAUUUCUUUAAUUUUUAAGAUAAUGUUGUUUUUAUCUUUAUAUAGUGGCAAAAAUAGAAGUUAUCUCUGAUAUAAAAUGGACAGGAUGCUCACAACUUAGCUACACACUCAGUUAUUGUUUCCACACACUCUAUGAAUUGCAACAAUAAUUCCUAGUUUCUCCCAUGGAAUCAAUAUUUUUUCCUCUAAUGGUUAUAUAACUUUUUUCUAGCCUUUCCCAGCGUGGUUGUUGGAUUAUGAAAAUUGUAGUCCCAAUACAUCCAGAAGGUACCAGGUGGGGUUUAAGCUACCUUAUUGCACAGAGAUUCAGCAUUCUUUUACAUUUGUGCUAUAUAUAAGUUAUUUAGGAAAUCCAGCCUAUACUAAUAUGUAUCAUUUUGUAAUAUCCCAGAUGCUUAAUUUGGUCACUAACAAGUUUAACAAGUUACUGAAAAUUAUAUCUCUAAAAUAAUUGCAUCUGAAGAUAUAUUUUCAUCCUUAUUGUACAGUAUCGAUAUUCAUUACCUUUAUAGCAAGCAAGUGGUGUUCUUUAACCCCAAGUUCCAUAAAGCUACCAUGUAAGCAGGGAAAGGCCACAGUUUGAAAAUAAUGUGAAUUGGUUUAUGAAGAUUUUCUUGCACCCAUACCCAGUUAUGUUUCCCAGGAUUCUGUGACAGAAAGAAACCAAGAAAAAAAACAUGUUCAACAAUGUAUCUGCUCUUCACCAUAAUUUGCAUUAAGCAGGUUGAUAAAGAACAGUUUGGAGUUAGACAUGGAUUUUGUGAUAGAGGGCUAGAUAUCAGCAACCAUGGCAGCAUGGCCCAACACUUACUUUUACUUUUCACUCCCCCAUUCUUUCUUUUCAAAGAUUUUGUAAGCACAAGCCCAAAUGUAUGUUAUGAAAAAUGCUAUGUUUGAAUGUCUUUUUAGUUCCCAAGAUUGCAGUGCUUUGUACAUAAAGUAACAAUACAAGCCAAGGACAUUCUCAGCCUGGGAAGCUGUAAUUCUGUAAUCAUAUAUGCAGGGACCACUCUUGAGGGAGAGUAUUGAGGUGUGUGUGUGUGUGUAUGGAGAGAGAGAGAGAGGAAAAAAAGAGAGAGAGUGUGUCUCAAAGCAAAUUAAGUCCUUUAUGGCAUUGGACAAGUUAAAUAUUCAUUAAAAAAGAAGCCACCAUCAAGCACAGAUGGUCCCAUAACUUGCUCCAAAAUGCUGAAUUUUGACUCCAGGCUGGGACCUUACCCAAAUUCCAUCCUGUCAUAAACAGAUAAAUUGCCAACUCACUAGUACUUACUGUGUUGUCCCUAGACAUCAUGUUAACCUUAGAGAGUUUCAUUGAACAUGAACCAGCCACACAUUCUCAGUUCCAUUGCUUCCAUUGACUCAGAAAAUUGCUGUUGGAAUACUUUGUCACCAGGGAUCUGCAUAUAAUCCUGUUAAUGAAUUGAACAAUAACUGUGAGUUUAAAUUGGCUGGUUAUGGUUCACAGACCCUGAAUUUCUUAGACGACUUUUUCUUAAGAAAAUGUAGCCUGGAUCAUUUAUUUAAGAAUAGAACUUACCGUAUGUGUGAUAUAUUUGUGUGUGUGUGCGUGGAUAGAAAGAGAAAAAAUGUCUAGGCAAGUAUCUUUAGUAUCUGUAGAUAUAACCAGACUAUUUGAAGAUAGUGGUCAUUUUAUAAAAAUGCAUGGCAGUUGUUUCUUAAUAUGUCUUGAGGCACAAUAUAUUUACAGCUUCAUACCCUCCCCCAAGGGUGGUCCCUACAUAUAUGACUACAGAAUUACAGCUUGUGAAGCAACUGUGUGGGAGUCUCCUUGGCUUGUGCUACUGGUUUAUAUACAAGGCACUGUAAUCUUGGGAACAAGAAAGGCAUUCAAACAUAGCAUCUCUCAUAAGAUACAUUUGGGCUUGUCUUGACAAAAUCUUUGAAAAGCAAGAAUGUGGGAGUGAAAAAUGCAAUGCUGAUACAAAGAAAAACUCCCCAUUACAGCUGAUUUCCUAAGUUCAUAAUGCUGUCCAUUGAUAGGAGUUAAUUUAAAAUAAUAUUUUAAAAGGAACACAUAAGAUGUCUAUAUUUACAGGCCAUAAUAGGUGGUUAGUAGAAGCCAAGGAUGAUCAUUAGUAGGAAUUUGCAUUGAAUUCAGUAUUACUCCUAGGAAAAUGUGUACAAGAUUGCGGUGCUUUUAUUUACUUAUUUAUUACAUCCAUAAAACCAUAAAAUAUUAAACUC